GCGUCAUCGUCGCUGCGCCCCCCCGCCCCGCUCACAGCAAACCAGCGCUGGGCACCCUCAGCCGAGACGACAUUUAACCUCGGGUUGCUUCGUCCACAAUAGCCGUGACUAGCACAUCACAGCCAUCAGCAGCGAAUAAUAACAACAACAGCAGCAACAGCAGCAGCAGCAGACGGACAGUCACCCAUCGUCAUCCGCUGCCCUCAUCCCGCCUCGUGAGCGGCGGUCGAGGCAGCAGCAGCACUACCACCGCGUGUGCGUCCCAUUCUUUUUUUUAAUAUCUCCGGCGGCGUCGUCGUCGCCGUCGCUCGGGACUCAUGAGCACCGAACUAAGGCAGCGGAUCCCGGCCGAUGUGGAGGGCGACCCGGACCGUCCUCACCGAGGCUCGGCACCGGCGGAAGAAGACACGAAGCAUUUAUUGACUGAAGGGGAGGAAGAUGAUGCCCAGGAUUACAACGAAGAUUGGGGCGAGAGAAAAGGGGAGGACAGUGACCGCAAGGACGAUGGGGAGGAAGGGGACGAAGGGGACGAGGGGGGAGAGCGGGAUGAGGAAGAGGAGAGGGCCGAGGAUAAGGUGGACGACAGAUCCAAGUCCGGCCCGGAAACGGCCAUGGGCCAGCCCGGUGCGGACAACACGCCUGAGGUGCUCAACAAAGCACUAUCAGGGAUGUCGUCUCGAUGGAGAAACUGGUGGGUCCGUGGGAUUCUGUCCCUUGCCAUGAUUGGAUUCUUUUUCAUCAUCAUCUACUUGGGACCGCUCGUCCUCAUGCUCAUUGUUCUUGGUGUUCAGAUCAAGUGUUUUCAUGAGAUCAUCACCAUCGGCUACAACGUGUAUCACUCCUAUGAGUUGCCCUGGUUCAGAACGCUGAGCUGGUACUUCCUGCUUUGUGUGAAUUACUUUUUCUACGGAGAAACUGUGGCCGAUUACUUCUUCUCCCUGGUUCAACGCGAGGAGCCCUUGAGACUCUUGUUUCGCUACCACCGCUUCAUUUCCUUCACACUGUACUUGACUGGAUUUUGCAUGUUUGUGUUGAGUCUGGUGAAGAAGCAAUAUCGUCUUCAAUUUUACAUGUUCGGAUGGACCCAUGUGACCUUGCUGAUUGUGGUGACACAGUCUCACCUUGUGAUCCAGAACCUCUUUGAGGGCAUGAUCUGGUUCAUUGUUCCCAUCUCCAUGGUGAUUUGUAAUGACAUCAUGGCUUACAUGUUUGGGUUCUUUUUCGGACGAACCCCGCUCAUCAAGCUGUCUCCUAAGAAAACCUGGGAGGGAUUUAUCGGAGGCUUCUUUGCCACGGUCGUGUUCGGCCUCAUCCUGUCGUACCUGAUGGCUGGCAUCCCGUACUUUGUGUGCCCCGUGGCAUACAACAGCGAGACCAGCCGAUUCACCGUGGACUGCCAUCCCUCAGAGCUGUUUCACUUGCACGAGUACUCCGUACCCGCUGUGGUGCAGUCCGUCAUUGGCUGGAAAACAGUUCGGCUGUACCCGUUCCAGAUUCACAGCAUUGCUCUGUCAACCUUCGCUUCGCUCAUGGGACCCUUUGGAGGGUUCUUUGCGAGUGGAUUCAAGCGUGCCUUUAAAAUUAAGGAUUUUGCUGACACCAUUCCUGGCCACGGAGGGAUCAUGGAUCGAUUCGACUGUCAAUAUCUCAUGGCCACGUUUGUGCAUGUGUACAUGGCCAGCUUCAUAAAAGGGCCAAAUCCAGCCAAACUUCUGCAGCAGCUGCUGGUGCUUAGGCCAGACCAGCAGAUUCAGAUUUUUCAAGCGCUCCGUGACAGUCUGAUGGGAAAGGGACUCAUCCAGAAGGAAGACGACUUCGUGGGCAUCAUCCAACCCAAGCCCUCCUAGGUGGCCUACCAACGCACCAGGAUCCUACGCACACGCUAAUAUUUAAAGGGACAUCGCAGGCCGCCUGUAUUUAUUAAGAUCAAAAGUCAUGCUCGGGAAUUACUUCAUCGUUUUCUUGGCAGUGCGACAAAGCGUGAUGUAUUUGCUCUGUACUUUUAAGUUGUUCUCGCGUUGUGAAAUUUAAGUGGGGAUUUUCCUUCGCUGUCAGAUUCGCAGGGGUUCCACAGUGACCACAGUAACCACAGUAACUUACCGUACCAGCUUGUUCAACCAGCGUUUUAUAGCUUGGGGAUGUCAUCAUUGGUCAGCCGAUGCCAGUAGUGCAAUCGCAAAGUGCAGCACUCAUCUUGCAUUAUCGUUCUGUGCUUCUCUGGUUUUGGCCAAUUCCGAUGGAGCAAUGGUUACAGUGGAGCCUAUUUGCAGCAGUAUCCUUCACUCAAGCUCAUAAACAUUUAUUGGAAACAUUCCCUUACUCUCGGAAGUAUAGAGUUAAAAUGUUUAACGUAAUGUGCAACAAUGAUUUUGUCAUUGACGUGCGCACUGUUUUUUCAACUGGAAAAAAGGCAAAAAGCAUUUUGGAAAGCAAAGGCGUUUGGGCGGGGGGGGGUUAAGGCUUGCGUACAAAGAUGGCAUCUUGGUUACUGGUCACAGGUAGUUGAGGAUGGCUGAUUAAUAUAAAGUAUCAAUAUUUAACACGCUGUCCAAUUUUACGAGCAAACCCCACCCCUCCCCCCCCAUAUAAGAAUGGUAAUACAGCGCUUGUGGUUAUUUUUAACUCAAUAUGUGCAAAAUGUCUGGGAAGUGCAGUUGUAUAUCUUUGCCGCCCCCCCCCAUAGCAGCUUGUUCCCUGUGCGAUAAUGCAAUGUAACUCGAGCAUCAAUCUGCCAGUUGGGGAUAGGUGAUUGCUACGUUUGUAAUUCCAGUCGAGGUAAUUACGUUAUGUUUUGAAUUUUAGAAAAUGUAGACUGACGUUGGUGCUCAUUGUGGCCCCUUUUGAUACAUUACCACGCGUGAACGUCCUAAUAAUUUAAUGCGCCCUGAUUGAGAAUGGCGCAGUACUGUGCGAAAUAAUAAUUCUAAAAUUUAAUCUCUGGCGGAAAUUAUAAAACAAUCGAUGCCAGAGCCAAAUUGCAAAAUGCUGCAUGUAGCGUGCAUUCGAAGGCUUAUGCGUGCGUAAUUUAAGCAUGUACAGUUGAUUUGGACCGUACUGAAGCAGUCUCUAAGGAGGUAUAAUUAGACUUAUAUCUGUAGCAUUGUGAUGAUAAUCAUUGACACUUCCAAUUAGUCAUCAGGGCUUUGCAAUUUGAGUACAGAGUAUAUUGCCCGUGGAUUUAAAACUAUUUUCCCCCCUCACUGCAAACUUUUAGUACCCUGCUGUGUACACGGUAACAAAUUUCCCCCCAAAAAAAGCAUUAUCCUAGAAGUAGCCUGUAAUUGUAAUGUGUACACUCACAUGCACGGUACAGCAAGAUAUCAAACAUAUGGCUUGCACUUCUCAAAUGAAGUGUUUACAGUAACUUCUCAUUCUAUUAAAUGAAUUCUCUGUAAGGCCGACGUCUUUACAAAAACAAAGAACAUGUUAUGUUCUCUGAGAAAGCAUUGUGUGGUCAUGUGGUGGUGAGAGAUGACGUCAUCGGAGUGGUGAAAUGAUACGUGGUUUGGUAUAGCUGCCCCUCUUCAAAAUUCUUCCAACUUAAAACAUGUUCACGUCACGUGACACCGAGUUUGAAAAGACAGCUUUUACUCCUGGGAACAGGGUCUCUUGGAAGUAAAGCUCCAGCCCUCUGACCCUUGCGCUAAUAAGCUGAUUGUGUCUGUAUUCGUCAGUGUAAGGAAUUGUAACUGCAGGUGUAGAUUGCUUCGUCGUGGAGGGGUGUCGUGAGGCAAGGAAGUUCUCCAGCGAAGUUAACGAGAUAGUCCGUGUUCUCGCAUGCCACUAAUUUGCUCCUUUUCACACGAUAAUUGGUGGAUGGUUGGCAGUGUUAUCCUGAUUGUCUCCUGCAUUCACAAUUGAAAACCAGUUUGCCUAGUUCGUUAUAUUGGUGCAUGGCAUGCAGGUAUUUACUGUGUUAAGUGUUCAGAAGUUAAAGCAGUGGGGCCAACCAACAUUAAUGCCCAUAACUGCUAAAUCUGAUGUAGUGGUUUUUUUUCUUACUUUAUACAGAUUGUUAUUUUUUAUUGAGGGGUAUGCACAAUGUGAAUAACAUGGCACUGUAUUAUAGAUUUUUCUUAAAUUUAUUGUAAUCGUAUUACUUUAAUCACUGUUUUACUGUAUUGUCUGAUAUAGUUAUAUAUAUAUAAUUUUACUGUGCAAUUAAUGUAUCCUUCCUUGGUUUAGGGUGCAAGAUGUUACCAAAACGGGAUAUAACGACAUUAUGGCCACACACAAUAUUUGGUAGAGGCGUUUACCUUUCAACUUUAGAGUGCAACCAAAUCAUUACAAAUUAUCUUCACAAAUCAAUGUUAUUUGAGGCAUAUGUAAGUGUUGUUCCAUUCUUUGGACGUUACAGACACGAAUAUAUUUUCAGAUAAAAGUUUUGCUGGUGAUACUACACAUGAGAAUACAUUUUCAGAUUAUGUCUCAACCGUUCCUCUUUGAUUUUUGUAUAAACCUUGCUACUUUCUUCGUUUGCUUAUUUGCCCCAUUCACCGUGUUCUGUUUAACUCUUUGCCAGAUUUUAUAUUUCCUUAUGCAGUAAAGCCGUGUCAAGGGGUCUAUUUAAAGUAAAUGGCUAUGACUCGGUUGUGAAUGUAACUGCUGAAAAAACCUAUUUGAAAUGCUAAAUGUCGCAGAUGUUUUAAUCCUAAUUUUCCAAUUUUUAAAUUCUAAUUUUGACUGCAAAGGUAUAUUUGAUGCCAGCUGAACAAAAUUAAACACCAUCCACUAUAGUGUUGAACCAAAAAAAUAAUUUUCCUAGCAUUGAAAUAAUGCUCCUAAAUUAAGCUAAGGUAAAUUAAUAUUUUACACCAGUUUAUUUAUGUUGUAAAUGAAAAUUUAAAAAUAUAUAUAUUAAAUAUAUAGGUCUUAUCUUACUCCUUAGCUUGAAAGUACUUUGUAUAUAUACGCUGUGUAUUAUAUGUUGGAAGGCAAUUCGGGUGUUGAGUGAGUUGUAUCUGAUUUUAAAAUGUUUUCCAUCAGCAGUUACUCAUCGCGAAUAAAUCACUCCGCAGCUUGUGCUCUUCUGAGGUUUCCCCACAGAGCCCGUUUCCUCAGCCGAAAUAUGUCACAAUGAGUUCUCACAAUUGAUAUUACACUUGUCAAAGGGGUUUCCAUGUAACCGAACACCCACUAGACUUCUUGGGUGUCUUGCAACAACUUAUUUUCGCUUUGUGUUCUUUUCAAUUUAAUGUUUGAAAGAGGUCUCUUCAUCUAUCCUACCAUCGUGAGCCUGAUGUGAAACGCAAGCUGAGAUAUACCAUAGGUAGCACUAGAAAGACCUCUUCACCACAAAGUACUGUAAAUUCAAUGGUGAAGGUGUUUGUUGUCAGUUGUUACGGGUAAGUAUUUCCAUCGCAUUUUAGGGAAUUGUCAAGUUUUGGACUCAAGAAAAUUGGCUUAAGAACUGUGGACUUCAGUUAAUACAUUUAAAAUGUUAUUUCAGCUAAAAAAACACGUUUGCGUGCAGUCUUGUUGAUAUCCUGCUUAACUGUAUAAAUGACAGGAGGUAUAUAAAUUAGUAACAUUGCAAAUUCCAGUAGACUGCUAUAUUUUGUGAUUGGGCCUCUUAUUAGGUAUGUUCAUGUUAGAGUUCUGUUUCUCUUGAUGCUUUGUCACUGCUAAACAGUUCAGAGAUGUUCACACGACACAGAUAAUACCUGAUGCAUGAGGCCACUGUGGAAACCACGUGGAAUGUAGGUUGGUUCAUAAGACAAAAUCCAGGUUUGUGCCAUUCAAUAUUCCAUAUCUGGUUUUCACAGCAGCCUGUCAAUGAGAAUAUUUACAUAAAUCCUUUUCCUAGCUGAUUCACGAGAAAAUAGUUUAUGUAAUGCAUUAGUGAUUGUUUUCUAAACAGACUGGUUCAUGAGUGUUCCUGGUUAAUGCAGUUGUGUGGGUCCCUCGACUAAAUAGAUGUAAUCCAGUACAGUAUUCAUCAACAUCUGGGUUAAAUACAGCACAUGUUGGAAUAUAACAUUACUUUGUGUAUAGUAAUAUAUCAUUGUGUGGGUGUUACAAAGGUGCAAGAUGUGAAUGUACCAAUAAAGAUUACUAGAAUAAU